GUCGACCAGCCGUCUCGGUUUUAUAGAGCAAGUCCGACGUUAGUUGCGUGCUACCAUACGGUGCGCCUCGCGCUGUAAAUACAGUUAGCUGCCAAAAAAAGCUAGCUAACUUUCUUUAUCAUGACCUCCGCUCCGAAUGAUGUAAACGUGACGGAAAAAGAGCUGCCCAGCACUCCUCCCUCCACCGUGCCUUUAGCCGGACGCGCCCGGCAGGUCUUCAGCCAUGUGAAAGUAGAAAACCUGAUAGCGGGACUCAGUGGAGGAGUAGUGUCCACUUUGGUUCUUCACCCACUGGACCUCGUGAAGAUCAGGUUUGCUGUGAGUGAUGGACUGGAGUUGAGACCUAAGUACAGUGGCAUAUUUCACUGUAUGAGGAGUGUUUGGCACCAGGAAGGCAUGAGAGGUCUUUACCAAGGAGUAACCCCUAAUCUUUGGGGGGCUGGCGCAUCUUGGGGUCUCUACUUCUUCUUCUACAACGCAAUCAAAGGGUACGCAAAGGAAGGUCGGGAGAGUGAACUGAGCGCUGCAGAGCACCUGGUGUCUGCGGCUGAAGCAGGCAUCCUAACGCUGACCAUAACCAAUCCGAUCUGGGUCACCAAAACCCGGCUGGUUCUGCAGUACAGUGCCGACCCAACCGGCAAGCAGUACAAAGGAAUGGUGGACGCUUUACUGAAGAUCUACCGAAACGAAGGAGUCCCAGGGCUAUACAGAGGAUACGUGCCUGGCCUGUUUGGUACGUCCCAUGGGGCGCUGCAGUUCAUGGCCUAUGAGGAGCUCAAGAGAGAUUACAACAAAUACAAGAAAGUGCCCUCGGAUGCAAAGUUGACCGCGCUGGAAUAUAUCGCAAUGGCAGCGUUGUCUAAGUUACUUGCUGUGGCCACAACGUAUCCGUACCAAGUGGUGCGCGCCCGCCUGCAGGACCAGCACAACCGCUACAGCGGCGUUAUGGAUGUCAUCAGACGGACCUGGAGGAACGAAGGCGCCAUCGGCUUCUACAAGGGCAUCAUCCCCAACCUGAUCCGCGUCACCCCGGCCUGCUGCAUCACCUUCGUGGUGUACGAGAACCUCCUCAAUGAUGAUCCUGGAUACAGAGUUCCAGCCUGUAGAUGCGUCACCCCUGGGAUAGUCUGCACAGGUCCCGACCCACACCGCCACAUCCACCAGCCCAGCUUUGACGCCUUCGCACAGCCCUUCCACUGCAGAGUAGAGGAGAGAGAAAAAAAGAAAGACGGAGCUAAUGAAUUUCUGGAACAGCCCAACUGA